CAGGCGGGGUAGGAGGGGCCCUCGCGCCUCCUUCGGUCCUGUCGGAGGGGCGGCCGGCGGCUUGGAGAAUGCUGCGGGCGGGUGCUGCUCUUGGCGCGGUCGUGAGGGUCGCGGCUCCCCGCUUGGGGACCUCCGGAGCUGCUGCGGGCGAGAAGCGGGGCUUGGCUUCUGGGCAGGAGACGCUGAAGCAGACACCUCUCUACGAUUUCCAUCGGCACCAUGGUGGGAAGAUGGUGGCCUUUGCAGGCUGGAGCCUCCCGGUGCAGUACACACACAGCCACUUGGAGUCCCACCUGCACACACGUCAGCACUGCUCACUCUUUGAUGUAUCUCAUAUGCUUCAGACGAAGGUUUUUGGCAGAGACCGGGUGAAGUUCCUAGAAAGUCUAGUGGUUGGAGACAUUGCAGAGCUGAAGCCUAAUCAGGGGACUCUCUCUUUGUUUACCAAUGAAAAAGGAGGCAUCCUAGAUGACUUAAUUGUGACCAGCACCUCGGAGGAGCAUCUCUACGUAGUCUCUAAUGCAGGUUGCAGGGACAAGGAUUUAGCCCUCAUGCAGAACAGAGCAAAGGAAGCAAAAGCAACUGGGUGUGACGUGAACUUGGAGGUUUCAGAGAAUGCUUUGCUUGCAUUGCAAGGUCCUGCCAUGGCCCGGGUACUACAGGCUGGGGUGUCAGAUGAUCUGACUAAGCUGCCUUUCAUGACCAGUGCAGUGAUGGCUGUUUUUGGAGUGCCGGGCUGCAGGGUGACGCGCUGUGGUUACACAGGGGAAGACGGCGUAGAGAUCUCUGUCCCUGCAAACAGAGCAGUGGAGCUAGCCGAGAUGCUGCUUAGGGAUUCUACCGUCUGGCUGGCUGGGCUUGCUGCCCGGGAUAGCUUGCGCUUGGAGGCAGGUCUGUGUCUGUAUGGGAAUGACAUUGAUGAGACCACAACCCCUGUGGAAGCCAGCCUGAUAUGGACUCUUGGGAAACGGCGUCGUGCGGCCAUGGACUUCCCUGGUGCCUCUACCAUUUUGGCCCAAAUCAAAGAAAAGCCCAAAAGAAAACGUGUGGGCUUGACUUCCACAGGACCUCCCCUUCGCCAGCACAUGCCCAUUCUCAGCCCAGAGGGCAAGACCAUUGGUACAGUGACCAGCGGCUGCCCCUCCCCAUCUCUGCAGAAGAACACGGCCAUGGGCUACGUGGAGAACGAAUACAGCAAACGGGGCACAGCCCUCAUGGUGGAGGUGAGGAAGAAGAGAUGCCCAGCGGUAGUCACCCCAAUGCCCUUUGUUCCCACCCAUUACUACAUUGUGAAAUGAAUAUGCCUCUCGAGAGGGUCUUCCGUUGAUCUCUAACCUCUGAGGGGUUGUGGCCACACCAAUCAUUUGGGGGGCAGGUGGCAGGGGGAAGAAAGCCUUGUGAAAGAGGGAAAUGGCCUGAGGCUGCUGACAGAAAGAGGCUUCCUUAGGUGUUAGCAACUGAAGAAGCAGGCAGUGUAAGCACAGGCGAAGGGUGGGACUCCGCUCCUUGGGGCCAAUAUGGACAUGGCACAUAUAACCUGGAUUCUCCAGACCCCACACAUGGUGGGUCCCUACACUUCUAGGUCCUACUGAUCUCAAAUAUUAAAGUUUCUAAUUUGUUUCCUGCCCCGUUUGUUCAAGAUGGAACUAUAACCAGCCUCCCACCUACACAGGUAGAAGUAAAGACUUUGUAACUAACAAUCAGACCUGCAAUGAUAAAAGGACAA